GACCUCAUUCCAUAAAACUUUCUCUUCCUUUUCGUGUUCACAUAAUUCAUCACCCUUUUAUUGUCGCUUGAGAUCUCCACACUAAACCCCCCUUUUUGGCCUUGCUGCCCCAAUGCUUAUUUCCCUUCCAAGUUAAUCGUAUCGUAAGUUUUAUAAUAUUCCUCAAGAAUGAAUGAUGCUUUGAAUAGCUUUAUAUAUCCUAACCCCUCGCAGUACUAUUAAUAUGGAAGGCCUUAGCCCGGGAGUUUUUGGUUACAAACCAGCUCCAUUCAUCUGGCACAGAGACCUCGACAUUAGCGAUGAUUUCUUAACGAGCUACGUCGGGAAUCAUUUUGAUGACUUUGAUGAAGAUGACGCGCUUACCGGGAAUCCAGUUAGCGCCCUUUCUUCAAUCGCAAAGGAUCAAAUUUUUGAUGCCAAAGGCACCAAGAUGGCAAAGCUCAACGUAGACAAGGCCUUCUACACUUCAGACCGGAUGAUUCGUCUAUCAAACGAUGACGUUCAAAGCCUUUGCAAUGAUUGGAUUUCCGAUUGGAGCGCGCGGAGGGAUACCGCUCUAUAACCUUUCCACCCUUUUCGAUAGCCGCGGGCACUGUCAUGCCAAUAUGUAGCUCCCAGAGCUACCACUACCCGACUUUUCUUCUAUUCGAUCGAUUUCCUUCUACGGUCCCGGUUUUCUACUUCGGUACUUUUUCUUCGACACCGGGAGUUUUGCUCUUCGACAAUUUGCCGCUUAAGGGUGCUACAUUAUCGACUCCCUCGAAAGAAACCAACGACUGUUUAUUUUAUUCAUCAUGUUUUGUUUUUAUUUUCA